CUGGGAACAGGUAAUUAUAAAACUGGCGAUGGUGGAGGCAAUAGGGCGGCGGCCUCGGGGUGGGGCCUUAUCGGCAUAUCGGCAAGGUAAUUGCCGAUACCAAUAAUGUCAAAAAUCGUGAAUAUCGGCCGAUAAUAUCAGCCAAACCAAUAAUCGGUCGAUCCCUACUCUUUGCCUUAAAGGAGAGAAAUUUACUGCAGUUGCUUUACUGUAGUUUUUUUUUCUUCAUUUGAAAAAGAUUUGGGGUGCUUUAUUAAAGAAUACGUCUAUUACUUAAAGUGUGCCAUUUAUUUAUGUUCAUCUUAACUAAAGGCAGAUGUUUCCUAGUGGGUCAAGUCUAUGUUAUAGACCUGGAUUCAGAGAAUGCAAAAAUCCUAAGAGCAGCUUCAGUGUCUGAGCUGGCAUGCAGCUUACCUCUUCAGGUUAACAGAUGUCUGUCGCAGGCUGAGUAUACAGGGAAUACUUACUAGAUGUGCAAGAAGCUCUAAGGAUUUUUCAAGAGCAUGUCUGCUAUUUAAUACACAGAGGUUAGCACUAACUGGAUUGUGUAUAGAAUAGUUCCACUGACUGUGAUGGAAAUGAUUGCCUAGUUUGGCUAUAUCUACUGGAUUUAAAUGGUGAACUUAAAUAAAAGGGCACUUUAAAUGUAUUUGUUACAUGGUAUAAGCACUAUUAAGUGGCAGAACCUGCUUAAUAGUUCUGUGGCAUGUUUUAGUGACUGCACUAAAGCAAGCCUCCAAUUGAGCUGAUCACCUUGUAAGUUAAGGAGGCUUUUUAUUCACUAUUGUGUCGACUCCACAUAAGAUAUUCUUGAUCUUUCUUGAGCGGCUUCAUUUAUGUUCUGUGCCUAGUUACUUACACAUUUUCAGAUGUGUAUUCACGACGCUGUCAUGUUGGUAGACUAUCUACAUCAAAAAUGCUUUGUUGGUUUCUAUAUUUUUCGAAGCCUCCUUAAACUACAUAUGUAUGUUCUGUUGCCAUGUAUGUGUGUCUCUCUACUACAUAACAAGAACUUAUUUCCUCAGCCAUUUGGCUAAGGGUCGAGCCUAGCCAUGAUUUUACCACCAAGAGAUCCACACUUCUGCGGUGAAGAUUUCUGCUGAGAGAUGCGGACUAGCAGAAAGAAGCGAGAAAAUGUCCAGCCUUUGAGUCUUACGGAUAGGUAUGAUGGACGUGGUCACCUGCAUGACCUCUCUGAAUAUGACGCAGAGCACAACUCGUGGAAUAGAAACUAUAAUUUAUCAGAGGAGGAGGCUCGAAUAGAAGCUUUAUGUGAUGAAGAGAGGUAUUUAGCGUUGCAUACGGACUUACUUGAAAUGGAAGCAAGGCAAGAGGAAGAAUACAAGCGGCUAAGUGAGGCCCUGGCGGAGGAUGGCAUGUACAAUUCUGUGGGUUUCCAAUACAAAAGUGAUUAUUAUGAUCCUUCACAACCCACUGAGGAGGAGGAUCCACAAAAAGACAAAGAUGACAAAGAUUCAAGUGAUGUUGAAGAUAAUGAAGAACCUUUUAUUGCACCUGAAGGGUUAAAUGUUCCAUCUGAUGUUGAACUGCCACCCACUGCAAAAAUGCACGCUAUUAUAGAACGCACAGCAAAUUUUGUCUGCAAGCAGGGUACUCAGUUUGAGAUCAUGUUGAAAGCCAAACAAGCCCGAAACUCCCAGUUCGACUUUUUACGUUUUGAUCACUACCUCAAUCCUUAUUACAAGCACAUCCAGAAAGCCAUGAAGGAGGGACGCUAUAUCUCACAUACAGAGAAACAGAAUGAGGCGCAAAAAAAAUCUUUGGCCAAUGCAAACAACAACAGCAGUGAUGAUGAUGACGACGAUGACGAAGAUAGUGAUUACCUACACCCCAGUCUUUUUGCCUCGAAGCGUUGCAGUAGACUGGAAGAGAUUACCAAGCCCCUAAAAGUGAUCGAUCCUGACCACCCACUUGCAGCUCUUGUCAGGAAGGCACAGAAUGAGAAGAUGGCCUCUCAGCAGGCUGUGAAUGUUGCACCUGCUCCCACAGUUGAAACAAAAAGCACAACAGACACUUCUGUGACUUCUACAUAUUACAAUUAUUACAUGUUGCCAGAUGGAACUUACUGUCUUGCACCUCCACCGUCAGGCGUGGAUUCUAAUGCUUACAACUCAUUGCCAGCAGAAGAUGUUGCUACUACGUCACAGUCCAGCAUCUCCCCAUCUCUAAAUAAUGGUGAAACAAACAGAAUAUCCCAAGAAAUGUCUGCACCAAGCCCAUUGGCCCCAGUGGUUGCCAUUAUUCCUCCACCACCUGAUAUUCAACCAGUCAUUGAUAAACUAGCACAGUAUGUGGCUCGUAAUGGACUUAAAUUUGAAACCAGUGUCCGGGCAAAGAAUGACUCAAGGUUUGAUUUUCUUCAGCCUUGGCAUCAAUAUAAUCCUUACUAUGAAUUUAAGAAGAACUUUUUCAUGCAAAAAGAAGGCACUUUAAUUUCUCAGUCUUCUACAAUGUCAGAAGCUAACUGCGUAUCCUUAGACGACACUGUGAUAUCUAGUAAUACUGCUGCGAAAGAUGGAAGCAGUGUUGAUUCCAGUGAUGCCCAAAUGGAUGGCGCCCUCAGUAAGCCUGCCAAUGAUGGGAAGCUCAUGAAAGUUUCCUUUGCUCCAAUAAGCUUUGCAAUAAGGGUUAAGGAAACUGACCUUUUGCCUCUCGAGAAAAACAGAGUGAAAUUGGAUGAUGACAGUGAGGAGGAGGAGGAUGGCGUAAGCAAAGAUGGCCAGCAAAGCAAGACCAGUGGCUGUUCUAAUAGUAGCCAAUUAGUUCAUGCUGGGAGCUCUGCUGUGGAGGAGAAGAGACCGCAGUUAACUCCAGAGGAAUUGGAAGCUAAACAAGCAAAGCAAAGGCUUGAGGAUAGGCUGGCAGCAGCUGCUAGGGAAAAACUGGCACAGGCAGCAAAGGAAUCAAAAGAGAAACAACUGCAAGCAGAACGCAAACGGAAAGCUGCACUUUUCCUGCAGACACUAAAGAAUCCACUGGAAAUGGAGAUGGGAAGAAUGGAAGACAGUACCUUUAAUUCAGAGGAUGUAAACACCAUGGAUUGUGAUUUUCUCCCAGAGGAUGUCAUUGUACCCACAACAGAGUACCCCGUCACAGCGAGGUCCCCAAUUCGUGAAUUCCCACGUGAUGAAAAGGAGAAAAAGAAGAAGAAAAAGAAGAAACGAUCCAGGUCAAGAUCUCGAUCUCCAAGAAUGCACUAUGAAUCCAAAUCACGAUCUCAUUCAAAACUGAAGCAUUCUCUUCCCACAGCUUACAGAACCGUUAGGCGAUCUAGAUCACGUUCAAGAUCGCCCAGAAAACCACCUCAGUCUACAGAAAGAAGAAGAGAGGAAGAAAGGGAGAGGGAUUUCCAAUGUUCUUACCGUGUUGGACACAACCCAGGAAACAGCAGGAAACGCUCUCGGUCACGGAGCCCACAUGGAAAUGGGAGGAAUAGACACCCCAGAUCAGAAUCAAAGUCCAAACAAAGAUCUCGUUCCCGUUCACCCAGCAGACAAGAAGCACAGGGUUCAGUACACUCGACCAGUAUCUAUCCUGUGGAGAGCAGAGGAUUUAGUCAAGAGCGUUACAGGGAAAGGUCCCAGGACAAAGAUGGACACAUUGCGUCAGAAAUUGUAUCCUCUGUACAAACCAAAAUAACUCAGGAUCUAAUGGCUAAAGUAAGAGCAAUGUUGGCAGCAUCAAAAAACAUGCGCACGGGUGCUUCCUGAUAGAGUGCAUUGUAAAGGAAACAAUACCCUAUGUCACAGAUAGAGAUCCGAGAUGAUCGGUUUUCCAUUGCUGUAUGCUGUAAUUCCACAUGAUUUCUGUGUGAAAUCAGACUUACAAAUGGUCAAUUUUUCAUUGACCUUUUUUUCCAUGAAUUUGUUGCUGAAUUACAUUUCCCAAGAUGCUCAGAGAUCUUACAUUUACAUCAUUGACUGUCUAAUUGACUAGACAUCCAGUGGUGCUUCCUAGGACAUGUACAUCAGCAACAAUUGUAGUUUUGAAGAAUACUCUACAAACUGACCAGCAGCCGACCUUAUGUAAAUUUGUAUAUAUUACAUUUGUGUAUUAAAGUGCUACAAAAUAGAACUAAGUGUU